CCCGCCUCACCCGCUUUAGAACCUGCUGCAGGCCAGCGGACUCCUCUUAAUGUCGCAAAUAUCCCUUCCUCCCUCACUGCCGCUGCCUCUGAGUCCUCCCCCGACUCAUCACCAACCCAAACCGAUUCUACGCGAGAUUCGACUUCGUUCUCACCCCAGCGCAUCAAGGUUCGCGAUUUGAGGCACAUUCAGACCUUGGCAGAAAACGAGAUGCAUUCCUUUGCAGAAGAUGGCGACAAGGUCGGCGAUCAGGGUCCGCAGUACGAAAUUAGUGGCAUGCCCAUCGAAAACAUCAUCGAGAUGGUUGCUGGUCUCUUGACCAAAAUAACAGCCACAAAUGACAGGCAACACCAGCAUCUGCAUCACCAGAUGACCCCACCAGAGGGCGGUUCGUCUUCCAACCGAAUGCAGUCGAACAGCGUGCUAGCCUUCCACGGAAAGAAUGUGCCCAGCAUAACGAUUCUGAGCUAUCUUCUCCGUAUCAACAAAUACUGCCCUACAAGCUAUGAGGUGUUCCUGAGCCUUUUGGUUUAUUUCGAUCGCAUGAUGGAGAAGGUAAAUGCGGGUGCCAUGCAAAACCUACGAGAGAUGGAUAGGCAUGAGCGCGCUAUAGCUUCUGAGCAAGAACUCAAGAGUCCUGCUUCUACAAAAUCCAUGGAUGGUGCAGCGCCUGUGAGCCAUGACUAUGCGCAGACAGCAACACCUCCAUUAUCUGGUGAGCUUGAGACACAAAGUCAAGGCGCUGUACCCGGCACUCCUCAUAGCAAAACUCGUCAGCCUGAUUCUCCAGCAGCAUCUACACUGGACACAGAUACUCUUGACCUUUCACAUCUUUUCGUUGUUGACAGCUUUAACAUUCAUCGCCUGGUUAUUGCAGGUGUGACAUGUGCCAGCAAAUUCUUCUCUGACAUUUUCUACACGAACUCGCGUUAUGCCAAGGUCGGUGGUCUACCACUCCCCGAGCUCAACCAUCUUGAAUUGCAGUUCUUACUCUUAAACGACUUUCGGCUAUCCGUUCCCGUUGAAGAAAUUGAAGCAUACGGAACCACUUUGGUCGAAUUCUAUGCUCGGGAAGUUUUGGCUCAA